AUGGAGUCCUCCUCCUUCUCCUCGUCAUCCUCGUCGUCUUCUUCUCUUUCUCAUUGGGAUUAUUUGGGUUUGUUACUUUUGCGUCCUGUUCUCGCAAUCUUGUUUGUGAUUUUGUUUAUAUCUAUUGGAUGGUUUUUGGCAUGGAAGUUAGUGCUAGUACAUGUGCCUUUGGUUCAAGAGAUUUUCGGCCUGCGUAAAAAACCCACUAAGCCUAAGCCACUGACCCGUCGAAUAUCAAGAAUUUAUGAUAUCAUUGAUGCCCGAAAUUCCACUCCUGCUGGCUGUGGAAGCUUCGUAGCGCAACCCACAAGGUGUUCUUCAUUUGUUUUAUGUACGCCUGGUCACGAAGCAAAGCAUGAGGUAUCUGUGCGUAUUGAGGCAUUGAAGUUAUUGUUGAAUGAUGGACUUUAG